CUCAGGCUGAGCGCAUGGGUGUGGGGGUCUUGCAGGUGCUGCUGGUGAGUAGCAGUCGGUACCCAGACCAGUGGAUCGUUCCAGGAGGAGGAAUGGAGCCUGAGGAGGAGCCGGGCGGCGCAGCCGUGAGGGAAGUUUAUGAGGAGGCAGGAGUCAGAGGAAAAUUGGGCAGGCUCCUGGGAAUAUUUGAGCAGAACCAAGACCGGAAGCACAGAACAUAUGUUUAUGUUCUUACAGUCACUGAAAUAUUAGAAGAUUGGGAAGAUUCUGUUAACAUAGGAAGGAAGAGAGAGUGGUUCAAAGUAGAAGAUGCAAUCAAAGUUCUCCAGUGUCACAAGCCCGUACAUGCAGAGUAUCUGGAAAAAUUAAAGGUGGGCUGUUCCCCAACCAACGGAAACUCCACAGUCCCCUCCCUCCCAGAUAACAACGCCUUGUUUGUGACCACCGCACAGAGCCCGGGGCUGCCAUCCAGUGUGAGAUAGGCAGAGGCCCGGACCUCCCCAGAGCGCCGUCUCCGCCUCAGGGAGAGGCUUCCGCACUGUCCUUGGCAAACAUCUGAAUGAUGCUCGCAAACUGUCUGAAUUUGCCACGCAGGGAUUUCAAACAAUUUGCAUGUUUUUCAGAUGCUUUCAAAUCUUUAAAAAAAAAAAAAAUAGUGUAAAAUAUUUUAAUAAGCCAAAGCCAUGAGGAAUUUUUUUUAGAUGCCUUAACUGUGCCCUGCUCUCCCAGUGUUCUAUUGGUUGUCAUUUUUUAACAGCAUUUUCAGUUUUUCUUGUCCAUAUAAGCAGUGUUGCUUAUUUUGUCAGAGAUCAUAUUACUCAAUGCGUAUUAUUCCCCCUAAAUUGUCUUAUCAUUUGCAGCAUUAACUUACCCAACAAAUCUGUGGUUGGAAUUCAUUAAAAUAUCUUCGAUGUUACAAUCCAUCCAGGACUGGGGAUAUAGCUCAGUGGCACCGCACCUGCCUGCGCAAGGUCCUGGGUUUGAUUCCCAGCACCCAAUUAAUUAAUUAAUUUAAUUUAAUUAAAAUCCAUCAUUCAUAAAUUUCAGAUUCAUUCAGGAUACUUCAUUACGAUCCAGUUUUGACAAAGAACUUUUAAUUUGCUCUUUUGGCAGUCGGUCAGCUCAUUUGUCUGACUUCUCACAUACUUUGUCACCAUCAACCAGAUAACGGUUAUUUCCCCUAAAAGUCAGUAGUAGUUAAAAAACACAAUACAACUCUAGAGAGUUAAUUUUUAGGGAAAUAUUGUUAGCAAAAUGCAUGUCGUACAUUGUCAUGAAACUUGUAUUUCAUGGAAUUUAUUUAGCAUGCUCAGUUGCCAAUUCUUUUAUCUAUACUCUCUCCUUACAUAGAGUACCUUAGAACUGUAUUUCCCUCAGUGUGAACUGCUCUUAAAAGUUUCAGUUUAAUUUAGUGACACCUCUCCAGUUAAACUUCUUGUUUACCAAAAACCACGGGAUUGGCAUCUGACCUUCAGUGCCAGUGAUGGCUGCGUCCCAGUGGAGGCCAGUGGCCUUCCUGCCGUUCAGCUGGUACAGGCUUACGGUAUUGGGGCACCUUUGAAUGUCUCAUCUUUUCUAGGUUGUCAGUACUUUGUCACAGGGCCUUUGGGGCACUGGAACAUAGUAAGAAUGAUCUUGUCUUGGAUUUGUCUCCUUACUCAGAAUCGGGCGUCCCAUCUAAAGUGUGUACGUACAUACCCUGCUGCACCUCCCACGCGUCCCCACUGAGGUCAGAGAUGAGGGAGGAGGAAAAAUCUUCAGGAUGUGGGGCUGGGAGAGUGAAAGAAUUUUUUAUGUAGACAUUAGUCUUUUGUAAAUAUUCUAGCUGGUGAGUACGAAGUAGAAGUUAAAACAUUUGCUCUAUAAAUUGUUAACCUGUAGAGAAAAUUGCUGCUAAAAAUAGAGUCCUUACGCUUAAGGAAAAUCGGUGCCAUUUUGAAAAUGAGAUCUUGUGUCAUAAAGGCAGCUGAAUUAAAUAUAAAUGCUAGUUCACAAGUUAACGCUGUCAAAGGAAUGAGUAGAGAACUUUUCAGCCAGUGACGUUCCAUUCUAAAUUAUGUAGUGUGAUCAGACAUGAUCAUCCAGAAUUUUUGUAUUUUUCUUUGUACAGAGGUUAUGUAUUCUGGGUGUUUUUUUUAAAAGAAAACAUUUUAAAUCCCACAAAUCAACAUUUUCUAUCAAUCACCAAUAGACUUAAGAUUUUCUCAAUAAUCUCUGAAAUUUCUUUAAAUUAUAUACUUAACAGAGAAACUGGAUUGUUUUUGUAUAUAUAAGGCUGCUUCCACCUGAAAUGCUGUCACAAGAACUUAGGGAGAUUUCUCUUGUACAUGGUAUUCUUAGGUAAUAAUGCAUGGCUUAUUUUAUAAACUCUUGGACUAUGUAUUUGACAUGUAAAAAUGUACAGUUUGUUGGCCACUCUUACGUUAGACUAUAAAUAUUGUAUAAUUUUCUUUGGUCAGAAUCAUUUGGACUAAGUAGUGCCACUUUGGUCAGGAUUUUCUUUAGUGCCAUUUAUUUAGCAAACCCAACUGUUGUUAGGCUAUGCAAUUAGCAGAAAUUUGUAUGCAGCAGAAUAUAGUUUCCACACAUAAAUUCCAUGAGGGGUUCUUCUGGAACCCAGCCUAGCAAAAUCAGAGGGAAAGUCCUAAGGAAGUUCAGAGAGAAAACCAGUACUUUCAGGCCUCAAUAGUUGAAUCUACUAAGGGUAAAUAAUGUCUACUAUCUCACCUCCAAAGUUUACUGUGUUUAUAUUGUCCUUUGUGCUUAUUUGUGGGGUAGCUGAUAAAAUCAGGCGGCUAAAUUUCAGUUCCAUGUGCCCCCUAUACGAACAAAAAAAGCAGUUACUGUAAAUUGACCUGCAGACAAAGUAGGAACUUCCCUGCAUGUUUUUGUACAGAGAUGACAUUUUCCAACCAAGCACAGGACAUCCAGUUUUCUGUCAGUCACACCAUUGUAUAAAGUAGAAAAAUGGUUGUUGUACACAGUGAAUUGCUUUGCAUGGUCUCAUCUGAGAUAAUUGGUGUAAGGAUCUUGACUUUUUUAUAUUUGGAAACAAAUAAAAAUGGAAAUAUGA